AUGCCUCCCUAUCCGAUUCGCCGACGGCCUCGUGAGUGCAAAACUUGCCUUCCAUGCCGAGCCAGCAAGGUUCGCUGUGAUCGCAACAUCCCCUGCAGUAACUGUGUCAAGCGCAACUUUAACUGCUCCUACGGUCGUCCACUCCCAACCCUGCCGAGACCGUCGUUCCCAGACUCCUACUCUUCCGACGCCUCCACACCUCAGUAUCAACCCGCCGCCACGGCCAGCUACCUCUCCUCCACGCGCGAUCUUCCUAGCAUCACCGAGCCGGAUAAUCCGCUGUCGGACACGGUGCAUGUGUCCCAGGUCGAGUGGGAUGAGAUCAACUCGAAAAUGAAGGCCAUGGAACAGAUCCUGUCGAGCCUCGAUUCGCUAUUCCAAUCUCAUGCCGCUCGGAAAAUCACCGAACCCCGACCGGACGCCGUCUCAACAACCGAGGACAAGCCCCCCCCAGCAUCUCAUGGCAUCUAUGGCGCAUAUGCUUUGGAAACGGGUCCAGUACAUAUUGGCUCCCGAUCCGCCUUGGUGGACAUUCUCAACAGGUCGCAAGGGUCCGAGGAGACGGCCAGGGCACUCCCCAAGGAUGACCUUUUGGCCGAGUUGGCCAUGGGGAAUGAGUCCGCCGCGUACCCAUUCGUGGACCUGUGGUCGUCCGACCCGUAUACCUUUAAUAUUGCCGGAGUCUGCGGGAUGCUACCGGACGACGACCAAUGUCGCAGAUUCCUAAGUUUUUACCGGGAUAUUGGUGCGGUCCUGUAUCCCGUCCUUCCGAAUAUCGCCAAGUUAGAAGAGGACAUGAACCGGCUAUUGGACGGUCGCGUAGCAGCAGGUGGUGUGUAUCGACCCGAUGCUAACGGCUUCAUCAAACCGUUCGGUAUGAGCCUGGCCUUUCUGAGCCUGCUAUUUGCCGUUAUAGCGUCGGGUUGUCAACUGUCCGACCUGCCGGGCAGCGAACGGCAGUUCGUGUCAUGGGUCUAUGUAUCCUGUUCGUACCAGUGCCUGCGCAUGCUGAACUAUGUGUCGCAGCCGACCAUCGAAGUGAUCCAGAUUCUGUUGAUUAUCAGCAACGUGCUGUCCUAUAAUAUGAAUGCCGGUGCUUCGUACACCUUACUCGGGAUGACGGAGCGAAUGUGCAUGGUGCUUGGCCUCCAUGUUGAGACGUCAGGGUUCCCGCCAGCCAUCCAGGCAACCCGGAGAAGAGUAUGGUGGGCUAUGGCCUUCCAAAAUAGUCAUUUCUCUCUAGCUUACGACCGGCCGUCGAUUACCAUGGUCAGUCAGCCAGAAAUCCCGUAUGAUCCGAAGUCGAUGCCCGGCCACCGAUCGUACUUUGAAACCCUCUGCCGGAUCAUCUCCGUCGUGCUAGAGAUGCUGCGCGAAUUGAUAUUCACGCACCAUUCGCAUCUGCGAUACGUUCAAAUACGCGAGUACAAACAUCGCAUUGAGUGUAUUCUCACGGAGGCCGCGCCCCAUCUGCGGUACCGGGAACGAUGUACCACGUUGGCCGAGAAUAUUGAGCGGACAGAGCUGCGAUUACACACAUCUUACUAUAUCUCAGUUAUGUGCCGUGGAGCGCUGGAUCCUGACUCCGUCCUUGACGGACAGCGGCGGGCGGCGGUCCGGGACGACUGCCUAGCCAAUCUGAUGAAGACGAUCGAGGCGUUCGUCGAGCUGCAUUUCCUUAACCCCCACUGCUCGCGCAACUGGAUCAGUCUGCAGCGAUCGAUCGCGUCCGCUUUCUUGCUGGUCGCCCACAACAACGAUAAGAUCCAUGCCCAAACUUGGAACCUGAUCAAAAAACUAGAGCUGGCCCUGGAGGACCAUGUGUUUGCCCAUGGGGAGGCCGAACAUAACAAGCAAACGGAUUCGGCGAAGCAUCUCGAGUCAUCGCUCCGAGCGCUCCGCGAGGUCAGCGCUGCGUUCCAUCUCAGGAGGAAAGGCGCGUCUGCGCCGGAGACGACGAACGUAUCUCCGAGCACCUCCCCCGUCACUGUGAUGAGGUCGCCUACCUCGGUGAAUGUCCGUCCUGGCACCGAAUCGCCCACUAUGUCCCGUUAUGAGGUAGGACCCGAGAAUGGACACAUUGGUAACAUUCUCAACCGGGUUUCGGAUGUGAUGCUCUUCCCGAGCAUGAACACGGGAAAUGCAUGA